UGUACACGUGAUACACAAUAUCGCCGACGUAAUACGCAGAACAUGAUCUGAGGAGGCGUUCGUUGUACCUUUGUCCAAGCUAUACAAACGCAAAAACCCAUAAAUGGAUCGUGGGUCGAAACGGCGACAGGUAAAGCCUUUGGCCGACUCUUUGCUGGAAGCUUUGGAUUAUGAUAGCUCAGACGACAGUGAUUUUGAAGUAGGAGAUGCGUCAGGUUCAGACGGUACUGGGAAUGGAAGCGAUGAGGACGGUUCAAAGGACAGUGCCGCGGGCUCUGAAAGCGACUCGGAUGCCGUCGGGUCCGCUAACGAGGAGGGCAUAGAUGAAGAGGAGGCCAAAGAUUUAAAUGAAGACACAGAGGAAGAGGAGAAAGCCAAGGAACUGUCAUUCUCAGAGGAGAUGAGCAGCAAAGAAACAGGAGGAACCUCCAGGAACCGCAGAAAAGCAGAAAAAUCCUCAGAGUCUGAACCCAACGGUAGCGGUACAGCCGAGGAAGGCUCCUCAGAGCCUAAAAAAUGGAACCUGCGGCGGAACCGGCCAAUGCUGGACUUUACUACGAUGGAGGAGCUGAACGAAAUGGAUGAUUAUGACAGCGAGGAUGACAAUGACUGGAGGCCCACUGCAGGGAAAAAGAAAGGCAAGACAUCUGGCAAGGAGAAAGGAGGAAGUGAGGUAGAGGAGGAUGGGGGUAGUGAUGAAGAUGACAUUGAUGAUGAUGAUGAUGAUGAUGAUGAUGAUGACGACGACGAUGACGACGACGAUGAUGAAGAUGAGAAUGAAUCCAGUAGCAGCGAUAGCGAAGAGGAAGGGAAGAAGCCAAAGAAAAAAGCAGGCAAGAGCACCGGGGCAUUCGAUGAAGAGGAGACCAAUGACAGUCACAGCACAUCGCAUGGGAAGGGCAAUGAGGACUCUUUGCUGGAGCGGCCCCAGAUGUGGAGCUCCCAGAGGAUGGAGCACAUCCUUAUCUGCUGCGUGUGUCUUGGAGACAACAGUGAAGAUGCGGAUGAGAUCAUCCAGUGUGACAACUGUGGCGUGACCGUGCAUGAAGGUUGCUAUGGUGUUGAUGGCGAAAGCGACUCUAUCAUGAGCUCGGCCUCAGAGAACUCCACGGAACCGUGGUUUUGUGACGCUUGCAAGAACGGCAUCACUCCCAGCUGUGAACUUUGCCCGAGUCAGGAUGGAAUCUUCAAGGAGACCGACGCUGGGAGGUGGGUGCACGUGGUAUGUGCACUUUACGUUCCGGGGGUCGCGUUCGGAGAUAUCGACAAACUGCGGCCGGUAACACUCACAGAGAUGAACUACUCGAAGUACGGAGCCAAGGAGUGCAGUCUGUGCGAAGAUGCGCGAUUUGCACGCACGGGCGUCUGUAUCAGCUGCGAUGCCGGAAUGUGUCGCUCGUUCUUCCACGUGACAUGUGCGCAACGGGAAGGGCUGCUGUCUGAGGCCGCAGCGGAAGAGGACAUUGCAGAUCCAUUCUUCGCCUACUGCAAGCAGCACGCUGACCGUUUCGACAGGAAAUGGAAGAGGAAGAACUAUCUGGCCCUGCAGUCCUACUGCAAAGUGUCCUUGCAGGAGAGAGAGAAACAACUCACGCCUGAAGCUCAGGCUCGAAUCACCACACGUCUCCAGCAGUACAGAGCAAAGGCAGAGCUGUCCCGAAACACUCGACCUCAGGCAUGGGUCCCCCGAGAAAAGCUUCCCCGACCACUUACCUCCAGUGCUUCAGCCAUUCGUAAGCUGAUGCGUAAAGCCGAGCUAAUGGGUAUCAGCACAGAUAUCUUCCCUGUGGAUACAUCCGAUACCAGCGCAAGCGUGGAUGGACGCCGUAAACACAAACAGCCUGCACUGACUGCAGAUUUUGUUAACUACUACCUGGAGCGGAACAUGAGGAUGAUUCAGAUCCAGGACAACAUCGUGGAGCAGAAGAACCUCAAAGACAAGCUGGAGAGCGAGCAGGAGAAGCUGCACAUGGAGUACAAUAAGCUGUGCGAGUCUCUGGAGGACCUGCAGAAUGUCAAUGGCCAGCUGAGGACCGAGGGCCAGGCCAUAUGGAACAUGAUGGGAGGGAUCCUUGGACAGAAACUGAACUCUCCUGUAGUUCUGAAAGCCCCUAAAGAAAGAAAGCCGAGCAAGAAAGAGGGAGGAUCACCAGGGAAGUCGUCUAACCUUCCUGCUGUGCUCUACAGUUGUGGGAUCUGUAAGAAGAACCAGGACCAGCAUCUUUUACUGCUGUGUGACACAUGUAAGAUGCACUACCACCUGGGCUGCCUGGACCCUCCCCUCACACGCAUGCCGAAGAAGACCAAAAACAGCUACUGGCAAUGUUCUGAGUGUGACCAGGCCAGCAGCGACGAAGCGGACAUUGCCAUGGAGACGCUACCGGAUGGAACUAAAAGGUCCAGGAGGCAGAUCAAGGGACCGAUCAAAUUUAUCCCUCAAGAAAUGAGCCCAGAUCCCAAAAAACAUCAAAUGAGAGGGACAAGAACCAGAGGCCAGAAGAGGAAGAGGACAUCCAUAUGCGAGGAAGAGAAGAUUGAGGAACCGUCGCCGCGGGAGCGCAGACAGAGGCAGUCUACUCUGCAGAAAAAGCCCAAAGCCGAUGACACGCGGACCGAGUGCACCACCUGCAAGGGACCGGGCGACAAUGAAAACCUAGUGAGGUUUUGAGAGCCGGGCAGCAUCUCCUCCCCACCUCCCUAGCAAAGGACAGAUGAGAGAAAGACAGGGAGAGAGAGAGGGAAAUAUCUCGUUUGAAGAGCGGCGUUGGGGUCGGGGAGGAGUCACAGAUGGCCACCUCUGACCGCCACCUUCGAUCGUCCUCUACCCAAAGCGGACCGUGCCAUGGACUUGAUCAUGGUUAAAUGAUGGUCCGUUCGAGUUUUGUGAAAAGACGAUCAAAUGUGGACUCGAAAAUGAACAAUUGCGUUGGGGGAAGAACAACCCUCAUCGGACACUAUGAAAGGACUUUUUGUGGAUUUAAGUCUGUAAGGAUACUCAGUUAGCCAGUUUGGAGGUACUUGCCUGUAGGGUGCUAUACUGGAAUACAUGAACAGUGACGCUUGCGGAUUAACUCGGAUCUAAGAUUUUGGGCCUUUUUCCACCUUCUUUGCUAGCGUUUCACUGGCAUCUGGCCCAGCUUCUAUCCGGGCCUUCUGGACUUUCUCUUUCACGUUGGCUCUACAACGGCACACACUACUAACCCUCUGAUCACAUGAUCUGUGCUGACUGAGUCACAUGUGAUUCUCAACGCUGCGUUCCCUGUCUUACUUUCUUUUUAUUGUGAAUUCACUUAAUGCUUUUGUUUCUUGACUCUGCUGUCUUUUGCUUAUGCUAUGUGUAGUCAAUGGGUAAAAGUAGAAAUUAGAAUCAGUAGCAUAAUUUUUACUAGUUGUGGUGCAGUUAUAUAGGUUAAUAUGGUAAUAUCUGUACUAGCACUGUAGUUUUCAGGAAGUGUAGUAUUUGUAAACGGGUGAAUCUCACAAAAACAUAUCCAAGUCAUAUUUCACCACAAAAUCGAAAUAUGUUUUUUUCUUAUUACAUAGUAAAAAAAAUUUGUAUUAAAGUAAUAAUAAUUUAGGGCAAUGUUGUGCUAAAUUUCAAUAAAAUCAUCACAUCAAAAUGCAGAAAAUUAUGUUUUAUGAAAAAUAUGCUUUGUUUUCUUUAAACUAAAAUGUGUUUUUUAUAUUAUUUUGAGGUGAAAUAUAACUAAGGCUGUCAAGCGAUUAAAGUCCCAGUGAAAUAAAAAAUUACAAUGCCUAUUUUUACAUGAUAUACAGCAGCGAUUAUUGUAAAUAGUUUAUCAGUGUGGGCCAUUCUCGUUUUAAAAAUUGUGUGGCCUCAUAAUCUUCAGUUAAAAUCUGAAAAUGCACUUCCUUCCUGUAAUGACUAUUCAUUUUAGAUGACGUAUGUUAGAUAGCUUGGGCGGAGCAUCCGUUAACUCCUCCCCUUCAAAUGUCAGUCUGUUGCCAGUUCCAUUUCAAAAUGCAACGUAUGUUUUUAUACAUACAAUCAAAUCACAGAGAAAUACGAAAGCCACGCAAACUGUUUUCUCAUUUAAAAUUCCAUUUCACUCAGAAAUGCAUCAAAAUACGUAAGUAAAAACGAACUCAACUUCCGGUUCACAGGACUUUAAUUGUGAUUAAUCGUGUCCAGAAUGAAAGUUUGUGUUUUAAUAAUAUAUGUCUGUCUACUGUGCAUAUUCAUUUUGUAUUCAUAAACACACACACAUACAUGUAUAUAUUGAAUAUGAAAAAUAUAACAUUUAUAUAUAAUUUCAAUUAUUGGUAAAUAUAAAUAAAUAUAUCUCAAUA